AUGCUUUGGGAAAAUAAAACCAUUGUGAUGGAAUUUAUUCUUCUUGGAUUGACCAAUGAUCCUGUGUUUCAAAUUAUUCUUUUUGUAUUUUUCCUGAAUGCAUACAUAAUUAUUUUAUGUGGAAACUCUCUCAUCAUUUUAUUAACCAUGAGAGACAGCAGCCUCCAGACUCCAAUGUAUUUUUUCCUCACCAACCUUUCUUUCGUGGACAUUUUCUAUUCAACAUCAACCAUCCCCAGAUUGCUAAAAGAUUUACUGUCAAUCAAUAAAAUUAUUUCUUUCUCUGAAUGUGCAGCUCAAAUGUAUAUUUCACUUUCUUUGGGAGAAUGUGAGUGUGUUUUACUUGCUAUAAUGGCUUAUGAUCGGUAUGUAGCUAUAUGUUAUCCUUUACAUUAUACCACUAUUAUCAACAGGUCUGUUUGUAUCAGAAUAGCUACUGGUACAUGGUUAUGUGGAUUUAUUCUGUCUAUUUCCCAUGUUUCACUUACACUGAAUGUAGAUCGUUGUGGACAUAAUGAAAUAAACCACUUUUCAUGUGAAGUCCCAGAAAUCCUAUCACUUGGUUGUGGAAAUAUAUUAAUUGCUGAAUUUAUUAUCUUUGUUGUUGGUGUGAUUUUGCUAUUGACACCUGUCACUUUUAUUAUAAUUUCCUAUGUUAAAAUUAUCAUGACAAUCUUACAAAUUGCUUCUUCUGCGGGACGACGAAAAGCCUUCUCUACCUGUGGAUCUCACAUGUUGGUUGUGACAAUGUUUUAUGGGUCAGCUAUGGCUGCUUACAUGAAACCUAGGUCAAGUUCUAUCCCAGGAACAGACAAAAUGAUUGCAGUUUUUUAUAUUAUUGUUACACCAAUGUUUAACCCUUUGAUUUAUACAUUCAGGAAUAAAACUGUUAAAACAGCCAUAAAAAAGAUAAAAAUCAAAAGGAUACUCUAA